AUGGACGGCGACGACGGCCACCUCGUCUUCGACUUCGAGGAAUUCCUCGACGGCCCCGCCGCCGCCGCCGCCGGAUCCGGUUCCGGUCCCGCUGCCGCCGCCUUGCCGACUCCCGACGCCCUCGGCCCCGCCGCGGCCGGGCCGCACCGUGGCCAAGCCCGCCGCGGCGGCACCGUUCGGCAGACCGUGUGCCGGCACUGGCUGAGGGGCCUGUGCAUGAAGGGCGACUCCUGCGACUUCCUCCACCAGUACGACCUCAAGCGCAUGCCCGUCUGCCACUUCUUCAGCGCCUUCGGCUACUGCCGCGAGGAGGACUGCUCCUACAAGCACAUCACCGAGGACUUGCCGCCGGAGUGCAGCAUGUAUAACAUGGGGUUUUGCCCUAAUGGCCCUUUUUGCCAGCACAGGCAUGUUAGGAAACCUGGGCCGCCGCCUCCUCCUGAGGAAGUCGUCAAGAAGCUUCUACAGAUGGAAUCCUUGCACUAUGGCUCAUCAAGCGGAACAAAUCUGCCAAGAGAUAACAAAAAUAGUCAGCAGGAGAAACCUCAAGUCCAACCUGGCUCGGUGUUAAAGAGUCGAAAAUUGGCUGCAAAAGCUACUCCUGUAGUGAAACAACCUGCUGCACAUCCUGUUCAGACAGCAAAUCCACAGCAUGUACCACCACCAAACACACUACAGAAGCAACAACAAAAUGUUCAGGUGCAGGGUGUCCUUAAUGGUUCAUCUGACCAAGCUACUGUAACUGCAAGCCCACCUCCACAGGGGCAAUCAAGGUACUCUGUUGUUAAAAGUUGCAACCAGGAGGAUCUGGGAAUAUCAGUUCAGCAGGGUAUUUGGGCCUCCCAAAAAGGAGUAAUGGUGUCAUUUUAAUAUUUUCCAUCUCUAGUAGGACUUGACAUUUCCAGGGUUGUGCAAAGGUUACUUCUAAGUUUUGGUGGUCGAGUUGGAAAUAUCAAGUUCAUUAUUGUCAGAACUUCUCUCCAGUGGCUCAAGGUUUGUGCAAAGAUUAUUUCUGUUUUUGGUGGCUACAUUUGUGGUUGGGUUUGGACUUUUGGAGGUAUGCUCAGAGAAGUCCAAUAUGGCCAGAACUUCUCCAGGCUUAAGGUACUUUAAAUUUUUGAACUUAGCUACAUUUCUGUUUUGGAGUAUACUCAUUUUCAUUUAUCAUCAUUUCACAUUAUUUCUUUCCAGUGACAAGUAGUACUAUUUCUCAAUUUGAUAUGCAUUUACAUAGCAGGUUAGACAACAUAAGGUUGUACAUUCACACCAAUACUGCAUGCUAAUAAUUGGUAGUUCUGCUUAAUCGACAAAUAAACUUUGGUGAGUUUCUUUACCAUUCCAUUCUCUUAGCAUAAUAUAAUAUUAAAUGACAGAUCUUAUGCUAGAGACAUUUCUACUAAUUUAUACUUGCUUUGCCUUAAAGUUGAAAUUAACUAGGCUGAAUUCACAAAGAAAUCAAGAUAUAGGAGCCAAUGCUGGAACUUUGCCGGAUAUUUAGGCUUACUGUGGAUGGUUUUCAUAGGAACUUUGGGCAAAAGAAUUCAACAUUCCCUGUGGUAGUAAGGCAGUUAGGAGAGUAGGGGAACUAAGUAAAUGUUACAAUCGCCGUCUGGGAGUUUAGUAAGGAAAAUUGAGGAUGCGCUGCUCGCUGAUGAGGCACUGGAAGUUGGUGCUGAUGAAGGCGUUAUGCUAUGUGAGGAGGAGCGAAGUGAAGAGAAGUAUGAGAAGUUUUGUCGAGCUAACGAAGGAAUCAGAAACAUGAUGGUUUCUUUGUCAAUGGAGCUCUCAUUCUGCGAUGAUGGUGUUUGCAAAUUUCAACCUCAAUGGAUCAAGAAAGAGUCAUGGUCCAUGCUCCCUAAUGCAUCGUUGAUAACCUUCCAUGUCAUUUCUUGCUGGUUUGUUCAUGAUGGAUGGUUAGAAAAUUGUAGCCCAGUAUUGUCAUGUAACUCGAGUUAACCAGUUUCUUGCUGGUCUAUAUGACUGCAUGUAUGCAGUGUAGUCUACAGGCAUGUAGCGAACGUGAUGGUGCAUUGAGAAACUACACAAAUGUACGGGCUUGAAUUCAGAACUAUGUGAACUAUACUGAUAGAGUUUGGAUGAUGUUGUUUUAAUAGUACUUAUGUUCUUUUGC